AUGUCUUCUCAAGAGUCCGAAGGAGCACCACAGCCCGACUGCUCGAAUGCACCUGCUGCUGCUUCCGGGACUGCUAUUGCCGAAGCGACUUUGGAGGGUGGUGUGUCUCAAGAUGAGGCCAUGGGUGGCAGCAAGCGUCAUGAUGAGAGCACGGGCGGCAAAAUGCGUCAUUAUGAGGCUGCGGGCGGCGUCAUGCGUCACGAUGUGGCCAAGGGCGGCAGCACCAGUGACAGCAUCACUGAUGAUGGCAUUGGCAUAUCCUUCCCGGCUGAUUACAAUGAGAUGCCGGGAGGAUGCGUGCUGCAUGGCGGCUCUAUGAGUGACGGCGUUGUUGAUUAUGGCACCACUGGUGUUGGCAUUGCCAGGGACAGCAUUGCCAGUGAUGGCAUUGCCAGUGAUGGAACCACAUGUGUCUCCUUCCCAGCGCAUUACACAGAGACGACAGGAGUUGGCGUGCUGCAUGGCUGCACGAGUGAUGGCAUCGCUGAUUGUGGCACAACCGGUGUCGGCAUUGCCAGUGACAACACCACCAGUGUCGGCAUGACAUGCGCCUCCUUCCCGGCGCAUUGCACAGAGACGGCGGGAGGAGGCGUGCUGCAUGGCGGCACAGAAUGUGGCACAACCGGUGUCGGCAUUGCCAGUGACAGCAUGACAUGCGCCUCCUUCCCGGCGCAUUACCAUGAGAUGCUGUUAUUAGUAAACAGUUUGAACAAAAUCCUGCAUGGCGGCACAAAGGUUGGCACCGCCAGUGUAGGCAUUGCCAGUGACGGUAUGCCAUGCGCCUCCUUCCCAGAGCAUGAUACUGAGAUGCUGGGAGGGGGCAUGCCGCAUGGUGGCACGAGUGAUGACAAUGCCAAUGAUGGCAUACGGACAGUGGGACCGCCGCCAUGCCUACUGCUGCCACAAGGGGACAUGCCGCCAUGCCUCGUGCCGCCGUCACACUCCCUCCCUUCACAUUUCUUCCGAGCACACUCCUUACCAUCGCGCACACUCCUUACCAUCGCGCACACUCCUUACCAUCGCGCACACUCCUUACCAUCGCGCACACUCCUUACCAUCGCGCACACUCCUUACCAUCGCGCACACUCCUUACCAUCGCGCACACUCCUUACCAUCGCGCACACUCCUUACCAUCGCGCACACUCCUUACCAUCGCGCACACUCCUUACCAUCGCGCACACUCCUUACCAUCGCGCACACUCCUUACCAUCGCGCACACUCCUUACCAUCGCGCACACUCCUUACCAUCGCGCACACUCCUUACCAUCGCGCACACUCCUUACCAUCGCGCACACUCCUUACCAUCGCGCACACUCCUUACCAUCGCGCACACUCCUUACCAUCGCGCACACUCCUUACCAUCGCGCACACUCCUUACCAUCGCGCACACUCCUUACCAUCGCGCACACUCCUUACCAUCGCGCACACUCCUUACCAUCGCGCACACUCCUUACCAUCGCGCACACUCCUUACCAUCGCGCACACUCCUUACCAUCGCGCACACUCCUUACCAUCGCGCACACUCCUUACCAUCGCGCACACUCCUUACCAUCGCGCACACUCCUUACCAUCGCGCACACUCCUUACCAUCGCGCACACUCCUUACCAUCGCGCACACUCCUUACCAUCGCGCACACUCCUUACCAUCGCGCACACUCCUUACCAUCGCGCACACGCCUUACCAUCGCGCACACUCCUUACCAUCGCGCACACUCCUUACCAUCGCGCACACUCCUUACCAUCGCGCACACUCCUUACCAUCGCGCACACUCCUUACCAUCGCGCACACUCCUUACCAUCGCGCACACUCCUUACCAUCGCGCACACUCCUUACCAUCGCGCACACUCCUUACCAUCGCGCACACUCCUUACCAUCGCGCACACUCCUUACCAUCGCGCACACUCCUUACCAUCGCGCACACUCCUUACCAUCGCGCACACUCCUUACCAUCGCGCACACUCCUUACCAUCGCGCACACUCCUUACCAUCGCGCACACUCCUUACCGUCGCGCACACUCCUUACCAUCGCGCACACUCCUUACCAUCGCGCACACUCCUUACCAUCGCGCACACUCCUUACCAUCGCGCACACUCCUUACCAUCGCGCACACUCCUUACCAUCGCGCACACUCCUUACCAUCGCGCACACUCCUUACCAUCGCGCACACUCCUUACCAUCGCGCACACUCCUUACCAUCGCGCACACUCCUUACCAUCGCGCACACUCCUUACCAUCGCGCACACUCCUUACCAUCGCGCACACUCCUUACCAUCGCGCACACUCCUUACCAUCGCGCACACUCCUUACCAUCGCGCACACUCCUUACCAUCGCGCACACUCCUUACCAUCGCGCACACUCCUUACCAUCGCGCACACUCCUUACCAUCGCGCACACUCCUUACCAUCGCGCACACUCCUUACCAUCGCGCACACUCCUUACCAUCGCGCACACUCCUUACCAUCGCGCACACUCCUUACCAUCGCGCACACUCCUUACCAUCGCGCACACUCCUUACCAUCGCGCACACUCCUUACCAUCGCGCACACUCCUUACCAUCGCGCACACUCCUUACCAUCGCGCACACUCCUUACCAUCGCGCACACUCCUUACCAUCGCGCACACUCCUUACCAUCGCGCACACUCCUUACCAUCGCGCACACUCCUUACCAUCGCGCACACUCCUUACCAUCGCGCACACUCCUUACCAUCGCGCACACUCCUUACCAUCGCGCACACUCCUUACCAUCGCGCACACUCCUUACCAUCGCGCACACUCCUUACCAUCGCGCACACUCCUUACCAUCGCGCACACUCCUUACCAUCGCGCACACUCCUUACCAUCGCGCACACUCCUUACCAUCGCGCACACUCCUUACCAUCGCGCACACUCCUUACCAUCGCGCACACUCCUUACCAUCGCGCACACUCCUUACCAUCGCGCCUCCUGCCUUCUCACUCCCUACCGUCUCACUCCCUCUCAUCGCACUCUCUACCCUCGCGCCUAUUGUCGUCUGCCUCCCUCCCGUCGCAUUCCCUCUCAGCACCCUUCCACCCUUCACACUCCCUCCCAUCGCACUCCCGCCCAGCACACCUCCUGCCAUCACGCCAGCUGCGGGGACUACCCCCACACAUGUGGGGUUACAUUCCAAGUACCCCCGGGGAAGUUCGUGA